AUGGUUUCGAAGAUUUUAUUUUCGACAAUUUUGUGUAGUUUAAUAUGGAGCGCAGCAACUGAAAUAGAAGCUGUGAAUGGAAGAAUAAACCUUAGAAUAUUGACAACUGCAGGAUGUGUUUGGACACGUAUUUUUAUUACUGACCACCUGACUCCAACGUACGCAAUCUACGGAGAAUACUUGGACGUGGAAUUCAUACCUUGGGGAAGAACUACACGUCAUCCCAAUGGUACAUAUGACAAUUGUCAGUUUUCACCAAAUAACUGCUGGGCCAAUCGCCUCCAUAGAUGCGUGUUAAAUUUCCUGAAAGGCAAUCAAGAUGCUCAAGUGAGAUACAUGGGUUGUGAGUUCGGCAUACCACAGCCAGCGUUUGAAGAGAGCAGCUAUAUUUGCGCUCAAAACGAGGGGCUCAAUUUGGUAGAAGUCGAUUACUGUGUGAGACAUCCUCUCCUAGAUGAUUUGGACGACAUUGCAGAAGAAGCAUCAAGAGCACCAAUGGAUCCGGUUCAUGGAAUUAACGGUUUGCCUGCGGUAGUCGUCAACGAUGUAAUUGACCGAGAACUUAGUUCCGUAGUCAGAACACAAUUACAAAAUUUGGUAUGCCUUGCUUUAGCCAAUAGUAAUGACACUGAUAUAUCUGUUUCAUCUUGCUAA